GACUUCAGUUUUGUUUACGAAUCAGUGGAAAAAAAAUGUUAAAAUUGUGUCUCUUGCUGUCACUCUUUGUAGCUGUGUAUGGACAGUCACGUCCCAUUGUUACAACAACUGGUGGACAAGUUCAAGGAAUGGAAUUAUCAACUGGAUUGCUUCAACCGAAUUUUUUCGCGUUUAAAGGAAUUCCAUUUGCAGAACCACCAGUAGGAAACUUAAGGUUUAGAAAUCCAGUUCCACAUCGAGGUUGGUCUGGAGUUCUUGAUGGUGCCGAACAUCGUCCAAUCUGUCCCAGCACAGGUUGGUUUGGAUUGGAAAUCGGUGGUGAAGAAGAUUGUCUCUUCUUAAAUGUAUACACUCCGAGUUUAAGUGGCAAUAGAGCUGUGAUGGUUUGGAUUCAUGGGGGAUCUUUUACUGGCGGCAGUGGUGACAGUUGGAUUUAUGGCCCCGAUUUCUUAGUCAACGAUGGAGUUGUAGUUGUGACCUUCAAUUAUCGAUUAGGUGUUUUAGGAUUCCUAGCCACAGGUGACACAGCGGCACAAGGAAAUUAUGCAAUGAAAGAUAUGGUUGAAGCACUGCGAUGGGUAAGAAACAACAUUGCCAGAUUCGGUGGAAAUCCAAACGCAAUUACAGUCUUUGGUGAAAGUGCCGGUGGGGUCGCUGUCCAUUAUCUGAUGUUAUCGCAAAUGGGCUUGAAUCUUUUCCAACGAGCUAUUUCACAAAGUGGGACUGCUUUAAAUCCUUGGGCUUUCCAACCUAAUCCGAGGGCACAAGCAGAGAAUCUUGGACGAAAACUUGGCAUUUCUUGGUCAUCAACACAAAAUUUAGUUGAUCAAUUACGUGCCCGUCCAUUCCAACAACUUGUUGACGCUCAAUCGGGAUGGCUUGAUUUGGAAGUGCCAAGGGGACUUACCUCAUUUGAAUGGGCACCUAAUGUUGAACCAGCGAAUAGUUUAGAACCGAGAUUCUUGACAAAUGAUCCCGAAACUCUUAUGAGAAGUGGAAACUUCUUACAACUUCCUGCUAUUAUUGGUUACACUGACGCUGAAAGUUUAUUCAUGGCACACGAAGACAGAAUUGAUAAUACUGCCAUGGGUCAAUUUGCUACUAAUCCAUAUUUCUACGUUCCACGUUCUUUCAAUUUAAAUCCUCUAACACAACAAGCUCAAGUUAAUCAAGUAGCACAAACAUUCCGAAGUAUUUACUUCAAUGGUCAACACCCACAUCAAGGUAUCGUGUUUAACUACACUCAGUUCAUGACAGAUCACCAUUUCACAUUUGGAAUUGAUCGUACGGUCAGAUAUCAUGCUCCACGUCAAACACAGCCUAUUUAUUAUUACAAAUUCAGCAUGGAUGGAUCCUUAAACAUGAUCAAGCGUUUGUUGCUUUUAUCUGCUUUUCCAGGAGCAGUUCAUGCUGAUGAUAUUUUCCAUUUAUUCCAAGUGGCUUCCUUCCCUGUGCCAAUUCUUCCAGGAAACAUCGCUUUAACUGUUCGCCGUCGAAUGGUUCGAAUGUGGGUAAACUUUGCUUUAACUGGAAACCCAACACCAGUCACGGAUUCUUUGAUCACUGCUAGAUGGGAACGUUAUACAAAUGCAAACCAAGAGUUCAUGGAUAUCGGUGAAAAUCUCAUACCAAGCAGAGUUCCACACGGUGGCCGUUUAGAGCCGUGGCAUAAUUUCCAAAACCAAUUCGCUCCUUGGUGAAUAAGGAAAAGGAAAUUGUGUUUUUGAUUCAAGUUUUUACUGAAUUUUAAAUAAAUUCUUAAUCAAUGAUAAAAAAUUAACAA